AUGAACAAUUCAAAUGAAUCCAUCAGUGCUCUAACUGAAUGUUUGAAGAGUGUUCCCAUUCAAGAGAUUCGAAGCAACCCGUCCAUCAUUGCCGCUCUGUACAACAAGAAAAUGGGAACCAACAUCACAGCAGAUGAUGUAGUCAAGAAGUUGAAUUCUGAUCUCAAAACCAUUGAAAAACGAAUAGAAAACAAUUGA